UCAACCAGUCGAAUGUUACGAUUCGGUGUGAACGGUGCCUCGCAGUUCCUUUUUAUCGUUUUGCGGUUUACGAAACGUGCAGAUCGGAUCAGCGAGACGUAAUCAGUCUUGCUAAAGUUGCAGUUCAGUACGUCGCUUCCCUGAAUAAUAAUAACAAUUGAUUCUAUGCGCAAGUGAUAAAAAAAUAAGUUGUCAGUGUCAAAAAUGGCGGGAAAAGUUUUUUCGUCAUUUUUUAUUUGUAAUCUCGCAGUAUUAGUGGCCAGUUACGAGUUGCAGCAAGUUUUUGUUCUAAGUAGGCAUAAUAUUAGAGCUCCACUGUCGGAAGAUCUACAGACGGUGACUACGUUGAAAUGGCCUGAGUGGAACGUGCCAGCUUCAUUUUUGACUGAAAAAGGUGUUGAAAUAGAAGAAAAAAUGGGUAAAUACUUCUAUCAGUGGCUGAAAAGUACUGCAUUGUUAACAGACGAGUGUCCAAGUGAUGAAUCAGUGUAUAUUUACCCGAAUAAAGUACAUAGAACAAUAGAGACUGCUGAGGCGUUCGCGAGGAGUGCAUUCAUGAACUGCAAUGUUGUACACUAUAAAAAAAAUAAUCAAAAAGAAUUCAUGUUUUUACCGAUUGUAAGAAACACUACAGACUCUUUUAGAGAAGAUUAUGUUUUUCAUAUGAAUGAAAAAUUAGACAAUUUGAAAUUGAAAGACGCGUAUCAAAUUUUGAACCGAAUAAUGGACAUGGAAAAUUCGGAUAUUUGUAAACAACAAAAGCUAUGCGAUUUCAUGGCAAAGGAUUCUAUUGUUUACCAAGUCGGCGAAGAGCCGAAUGUUAAUGGGCCUUUGGCUAUAGGAAAUUCUGUAGCAGAUUUCUUCUUGAUGAGUUACUACAAUGGCUCGCCGAUGGAAGACAUCGCAUGGGGGAAAUUGGACCAAACAGACUUUGAAACUCUAUUGAAAUUGACUAGAGAAAACCAAAACGUGCGAUUCAAUCAGUCGUACUUAUCAAGAGAUAUUUCUCGGCCGAUGCUGAAAUACAUGCGCGACAAACUUUUGGAUUCCCCCGCGUCUAAAUUCACUAUGUUGGUAGGACAUGACUCGAAUCUAAAUAGUGUGAUGGCGGCCUUGGGGUUCUCUCCAUACAGUUUGACAGGUCAGCUGGAACUGACGCCGGUUGGCGGGAAAAUUGUUUUUCAAAAAUGGCGCGGCGAUGACUCAAAUUUGUAUUUGAAGAUCGAAUACGUUUAUUACUCUAUGGAGCAGUUGAGAAAUGGCGUCGAUUUAGAGAAGCCUCUUUCAAAAACUAUGGAAUUGAAAGACUGUAAAGUGAACACAGAAGGUUUUUGUCCGUGGAGUGACUUUGUAAAGGUGCUUAAUAUAAUGUAAACUAACUGAAAAUUCUUAAAGAAAUUAUUAACCCCUGCAACUAUGUAAUUAGGAUAAUGUAGAAAAUUAUGUUUUAGAAUAAUCUAAGCCUAAAUAAAACCUACCCAAGUACUACUACUACUACUACUUCCAUGAAUCGAACUAAUUCCUUUUUACUCGACUACUACGGAAGGAGGGUUAUAUUUUUGAUUCGGCACAUACCUACCUACAUUCCAGCCCCCAUCGCAUCUUGAUAUUACAACAUGACCGAGUAAACGAGAAGGCAUUAAAUAAGUAGGUACCUACUUUUAUUUCGAGCUAAGUAGGUACCUACUUAAGAAUUCCAAUAAGUUAUUUUACUGUACUUCCACAAAACUUGGUGGGAGAGUUACAGGAAACAAAAGGUUGAUAUUUUACUUAAUAACUAGUCACUUCCUAUUUAUAGUAUCGUGUCGACAACAAACCUACACAGAGU